CGCGGCCGGAGUGACGCGUGACGCGUGAAAUUUUAUCGAGUCGGUUUUGCAACGGGACGCCCGCGCUGCCAGUCUCGCCACGAGUCUCUCGUCUUCUCGCCUCUCCGAGCGUCUCUCUCUUCGCGCGCGGAAUCGAUUGCCCUUGAACUAACGUGUCUCGUCCAGCGCCUUAUUAUAAACGCGCGCGUGUGCUAAUUAGCGUAUCCGAGAUCCGAGUUGCGACGCGCGCGAGCGCGCGCACAUUCACACAUACAUACGCACACACGUGCGUACGCAUCAGGCUCGUCCUUCGCGCGUAUAUUUAUAUCGUAUGCAAAAUCGAAGUCGACUCCUCCGACGCGGCCUCCGAGGCGCGUCCGCAUUUAGGCGCGCGUUUUCGUUCAGCCUCGGCAUAGCCGCGUGAUCCCGCCGAUAAUUUCGCGCCGAGGUCGACCUCGACGGACGCGGGAGCGUCAUUCUCGCGCGUGCACGCGGCGUUCGCGCGUCGCUCGGCCCAGCUCGGCCGUCAAUCGCAUCGUCCGCCCGAGCCCAGGAGGAGGAGGAUCGUCGCAAUCGGCCGACCUAGCGCGAACGUCUUCGCUCCGCCGUGGGAUUAGCCGUUCGCCGCGCCCGCCGCCGGAGUUCAUCUCGGAUGUUUUGGCAGCUGACUUUGUUCCCUUUUCUCUCCCCGUAAACGGAAACCUCGGCGAAUCCCCCGGGAGCCUCCGCGCGCGCCGCCGAGAGGAUCGGGACACGCCACGCGGCGAUCGGUAUCGCGACGCGUCCCAGGAUCGCGCGCCUCUGUGCCCGUCGGAAGACCGUCCGUCGCUCCGGAUGCUUUAUUCGGGCAGCAUCGAGGAACGAUGACGUCACGUACGGAAACAUAAGCCGUUUUCUCGCAGCAGGACGAAGCGUUGCGCUCAACGGACGGUCUUCCGGAGUAAACGCGGCGCGAAUCAACGUUCCUGCGAGCUGCUCGUGCUGGAUGCCAGGUCCCUAAGUGCGAUCUGAUCGCGCGUGGGAAAACUUGCCGCCCGAGAGAGGAAAGAGAAGCGCCAGUGUAGAACCCUUUAGAGGUGUUUGUUGAUUCAACGCACACCCACACACGAUGGAUUCGGAGGAGGAAACGCUUUACGACGACGUCGACUCCGGCAACGAGUCGAGUGGCGACGACGUUGACUUCGCUAUGGAAAUCGAGUCUGGUAAUCCACGGGAGCGUGCCACCGACGUCGACGAGUAUCCAUUCGAAGUGCUUUCCACGGAAGAGAUUGUACAGGACAUGGUUGACUCCAUAAAGGAAGUCAAUACUGUUGUUGAAAUACCGGCUACCACCACACGUAUUUUAUUAAAUCAUUUUAAAUGGGAUAAAGAAAAGCUGAUGGAACGAUUUUAUGAUGGUGAUCAAGAAAAGUUAUUUGCCGAGGCACGCGUCAUUAAUCCGUUCAGGAAGGGCCCUCUGAUAAGCAGGAGUCGAUCCUCCCAAAGUUCUUUGGUAAAUCCGAAAAGACCGACAAAUGGAACAGAGGAAUGUGGAAUCUGUUUUAUGACCUUGCCAUCCUCAAUGAUGACUGGUCUGGAAUGUGGGCAUCGUUUCUGCACCGGGUGCUGGGGAGAAUAUUUGACAACCAAAAUCAUGGAAGAAGGAGUUGGACAAACAAUAGCGUGUGCUGCUCACGCUUGUGACAUUUUAGUCGACGACGCCAGUGUUAUGCGACUUGUCAAGGAUUCCAAAGUUAAAUUAAAAUAUCAACACUUAAUCACCAAUAGCUUUGUCGAAUGCAAUAGGUUACUGAGAUGGUGUCCUUCCCCCGAUUGCAACAAUGCUAUUAAGGUGCAGUACGUAGAAGCAAGACCAGUUACUUGCAAAUGUGGACAUACCUUCUGUUUCCACUGUGGCGAAAACUGGCACGAUCCUGUGAAGUGUCAUUUGCUCCGUAAGUGGAUCAAAAAGUGUGAUGACGAUUCCGAAACGUCAAACUGGAUCGCUGCCAAUACGAAGGAGUGCCCUAAGUGUAAUGUCACGAUCGAAAAAGAUGGCGGAUGUAAUCAUAUGGUUUGCAAGAAUCAGAAUUGCAAAACUGAAUUUUGUUGGGUAUGUCUUGGUCCUUGGGAGCCUCAUGGUUCUAGCUGGUACAAUUGUAACCGUUAUGAUGAGGAGGAAGCAAAAGUGGCAAGGGACGCGCAAGAAAAAUCCAGAUCAGCUUUACAAAGAUAUUUAUUUUAUUGCAAUAGAUAUAUGAAUCACAUGCAAUCACUAAAGUUUGAAAGUAAAUUGUAUGCCAGCGUGAAGGAGAAAAUGGAAGAAAUGCAGCAACAUAAUAUGUCGUGGAUUGAGGUACAAUUUUUAAAGAAAGCAGUUGACAUUUUGUGUUCCUGUAGACAGACUCUCAUGUACACUUACGUUUUCGCUUAUUAUGUGAAAAAGAACAAUCAGUCUGUGAUUUUUGAGGAUAACCAAAAGGAUUUGGAGAGUGCUACAGAAUGCCUCUCUGAAUAUCUUGAAAGGGAUAUCACGAGCGAAAAUCUUGCAGACAUCAAGCAAAAGGUUCAGGAUAAAUAUAGAUACUGCGAUAGUCGGAGAAAAGUGCUUUUAGAACAUGUUCAUGAAGGAUAUGAGAAGGAAUGGUGGGAUUACAAGGAAUAGAGGAUGUUUGCUAGUUUCAUUUCUCGGGGUGACACAAGUCCUCUUCCUUCCCACCUCUGCCCCAGCUGUGAUAAACCAAGAAAGAGUUAACAAGAGACAAAAAUGGAGCAUGUUACAAAGUGAUAAACGUGUUAUAUGCACUUUAUACAUAAUAUGCUCUGUGGCAACACGUAUAAUGUCGUUUAUGAUUAAUACUGAACUCAAAUUAUUAAAAUUCAAUUCCGAUCACUAACAAGAUUGGACAAUAUUUUGAUUUGCGCUUGCUGUGUGUUAUAUCAUCAUUGUAGAUUCUUGAUUCUUAAUGGAAAUGCCCCAUUGUUUUAGGUAAUCUUAAGAAAAGUUAUAUUCAUUAAGACGAGCAAGAUAUGUGUCAUUAUUCGCAACGUACUUACAAUUAGCAUGUUGCGAUGUAAAAUGACUUAGCUAAAAAUUUACUAUUUUAAUUAUCAUGUUUUAACGACGUUAGUCGAAUUGAAAGCUUUUCCCGAGGACUUAUUUUCUUCCCCUUACUUUUAAGAAUAGCUGUUUAAAAUAAGUCAGGUACAAUUCAAAUGGAUCAUCCCAAUUGUUUUACCCUAUUUUGGACCACAAUACGUCCAGGCUACAACUGCCAAUGUUUAAGAAACGCUAAAUUAUCUACAUGCGUAUCGUCAGUGCUAUGUAUUUAUAUUAGUUGAGCUUCUUUAAUCCUUGUGUGUACUGUUUCAAGAAAGCUAAAUAUACCUAACUACGAAAUCUUUUCCAAUAUCGCGAAAA